AGCAAACACUAGUUAGUACAGUCAGCAGAAAAAAUGUCUAAAGACGAAGAAGGGGGUUGUAAGCUGAGCUCAGCCUGCAAGCACAAAGAACGCAAGCCCAAGAAACCUCAUUAUAUUCCACGGCCAUGGGGAAAGCCUUAUAAUUAUAAGUGCUUUCAGUGCCCAUUUACCUGUAUGGAGAAGUCACACCUAUACAACCACAUGAAGUACAGUCUGUGCAAGAACUCCUUAUCCCUGCUAAUAGAAUCCGACUGGCCUUACAAGAAGAGUAAUUUUCUUAUCCCUGAAAUGCACAUUGUUCAAGAGCCCCAGCUGGAUGGCAGCUCAGAGAGACAAGAGGUGUGUGAUUCAACUGGGUCUAACACUAUUAGAACCAGAGAAGCUGUUCAGAAAGCAUCUGCCAAUAUGCCAAAUUUCCAGGAUGAGGAAGAAGAGAGAGAGGAAGAUGAGGAGGAAGUAUCAGGCCAAAGUCAGAAAGAAAAGGCCAAAAGUUUAGAACCUUUGCCGAUAAGCCCAUGCAAGGGUGAUGCUAACACCAGUAUGACAGGGUUAAAGAGUAAAAAAGAGAGGUUGGUCAAGGAAGGAGAGCCUGAGUUUAUCAUUACUAAAGUGUUCUCUUUAGAGGGACAGAGUGAUAAGGAAAGAGAAGACCACAGACUAUCCAAGGCUCCCAGAAAACUUUUAAAUAAUGUAGGUGGGGCUCGGUCUGAACAUUGGAAGCUGCUCUCCAACGCAGUUAAAAAGGGUGGGCCAGAGAUACAAGCAGGCUGUGCUGGGGCCAAUAUCAUUCCUUGCUACCCACCAUCAACAUAUACAGACUACCAGGAACACCAGGGACUGUCACUUCUGGGCAUCAACUACCCAUUAAAUACCAGCCUCUUCUCAUAUUUAAGCCCGACGGUGUCAAGCAGCUCAGCACAGCUUCCAUUCUUAGCCUCAACAGCCCAGCUCAUGCAACCUGCCUCCCAAUUCCAAACAUUUCACAACACAGAGAGGUCAUCUUUCCUCCCCAGGUUCUACUAUCCAUUGCUAUUUGAGCACGCAUUUAAUACUGCUGACAACAAAAUGGUUGCAGGAAAGCCAGCGAGCACCACCCAAGUUCCAGGACACAUGUCCUAUAUGCCAACUCCAAAGGCAAAGACGCAAGUGGAAACUCCUAAAAUAUGCCAGCACAAAUCGUCAGAGACCAAAAGCAACAUUUCUUGGGGCCCCAGUGACAAGGUAUCAAAGCAAAUGUCUCAUCACAAAGUAACACAGAAUGAAGAAGAAAAAUGGGCAUCCCUAACAGCAAGAGACAUUCUCCAACAUCAAAAGACAUCUGGAAGCUAUAUAGCCCCCCUUUCAAGCAUACAUGGAAGCUCCAUAUCUCAAAAAGGGGCAGAAGAUGGUUCUUUUUGGAGUACUGCAAGGUAUUUGAAGAGAAAGGUCUGGCUCCAGAGAGAUGAACAAGAGGCAACUAUGGGCCAGACAGCACUGUGUGACCAGCAAGCCCAGAACCUUCAGAACAGCAACUCUUGCUCACCCACUGCUGCGCCUCCUGUUUGGCACGAAAAAAUCUCUGUGAUGGAACCAACUUCUUGCAAAAGGAGAAGAGAAUCAGAGGCCACCACAGGCAUCUUAUCACCAAAGAGUGAGAAUACUUCACUGCUAAUUGGAGACCUGUCCAGGACUCUGGAGGAAUAUGGGAAGAUGGAAAGGAAGCUGUCUAACCUGGCAUCUGAGGAUAGUGGUCGUCAGAAAGCUCUGGUGGAACAACUUGGCAAAAUACGCCUUGAAUUGCUGCACAUCCACCAUACCCUAGAGAAAACAUCCUGCCCGUAUGAAGGACCUUUAGAUCUCUCCAUUAAGAGGGCAGAGGAUGUGGAUAUGGUGGGGGCAGACAAGACAGCACCAGGUGACUUAGUGACCCCACCACUUUCUGAUUGCCCGUCCAAGCAACUGGUGAAAGUGGAACUGUUGCCACCAGAGUUGGCUACCUGCUAUGUCCGUCCAACCAAGUGUGAAGCAGAUUCCAGCGUACUCCUGUGCCCUGAUGGCAGAAGUGGGGGUCCUGGCAUAGUCCAAACACAUAUAUCUAUACAGGAUGAGGGUGCCAGUGCUAAUAUAGGAUUUAGCAAAGAGCAAAAGCAGGUGUGUGAAAAUGUGUAAAUUCCACAGAAAGAUCCUGUGACAGGGGCAGCCAUGUGCAAAAAUAUUUCCUAAAUAAUUGUGCAUGCUGGCUACAGUGCAAUGAGAUAUGCUGAACACGCAUAUUA